CGCCCCGCUCUCUCACCGAGGCUCCCGCAGCCCCGGCGUCCGCCCCGCGCGCCCUCCCCCGGGGCCAUGGGGGAGCCCCCGGGCUACCGACCCUCGGCCUGGGUGCAUCUGCUACAUCAGCUGCCCCGCGCCGACUUCCAGCUCCGUCCGGUGCCCAGCGGCUUCGCGCCCCAAGAGCAGGAAUACCAGCAGGCCCUGUUGCUGGUGGCAGCCUUGGCCGGCCUGGGUCUGGGCCUCAGCCUCAUUCUCAUUGCUGCCUACCUCAUCCGAGUCUGCUGCUGCCGGCCCCCCGAGCCCCCCGGCACCAAGAGCCCCCCACCCGGGGGAGGCUGUGUCACCUGGAGCUGCAUCGCUGCUCUUCUCGUCGGCUGCGCGGGCAUUGGCAUCGGUUUCUAUGGCAACAGCGAGACCAGUGAUGGGGUGGCCCAGCUCAGCUCCGCACUGGUGCACGCCAACCACACGCUCAGCGCCAUUGACCACCUGGUGCUAGAGAUGGUGGAGAGGCUGGAGGAGGCGGUGAGGACAGAGCUGACCACCCUGGAGGAGGUGCUGACACAGCGUACAGAGCUGGUGGCUGCCACCCGGGGGGCUCGGCGGCAGGCAGAGGUUGUGGCCCAGCAGCUCCAGGGGCUGGCCUUCUGGCAGGGGGUGCCCCUGAGCCCUCUGCAGGUGGCCGAAGAUGUGUCCUUUGUGGAGGAAUACAGGUGGCUGGCCUACGUCCUCCUGCUGCUCCUGGAGCUGCUGGUCUGCCUCUUCACCCUGCUGGGCCUGGCGAAGCAGAGCAAGUGGCUGGUGAUUGUGAUGACUGUGAUGAGUCUUGUGGUUCUCGUCCUGAGCUGGGGCUCCCUGGGCCUGGAGGCAGCUACAGCUGUGGGCCUCAGUGACUUCUGCUCCAGUCCAGACAUCUACGUCCUGAACCUGACCCAGGAGGAGACUGGGCUUGGCUCAGACAUCCUGAACUAUUAUUUCCUCUGCAACCAGGCCGUCUCCAACCCCUUUCAACAGAGGCUGACGCUGUCCCAGCGAGCUCUGGCCAACAUCCACUCCCAGCUGCAGGGCCUGGAGCGAGAAGCUGUGCCCCAGUUCCCUUCCGCACAGAAACCUCUGCUGUCUUUGGAGGAGACGUUAAAUGUGACUGAAGGAAACUUCCACCAGCUGGUGGCCCUACUGCACUGUCGAAGCUUGCACAAGGAUUAUGGCGCAGCCCUGCGCGGCCUAUGUGAAGACGCCCUGGAAGGCCUGCUCUUCCUGCUGCUCUUCUCCCUCCUGUCGGCGGGAGCCCUGGCCACCACCCUCUGCAGCCUGCCUCGCGCCUGGGCCCUGUUCCCACCCAGGAAUCCAAGCGCUUUGUGCAGUGGCAGUCAUCUAUCUGAGCCCCUUCUCCACGUCCGACGGGAGCCAGCCCCUCCUCCCCGUUCCUUCCCUGGCGGCCAGAGAAGACCCCACUAACCCAACCUCACUGGGCUCCCACCACUAACACCACCCCUGGCCACGGACACCCCAAACAGGACUGCCUUCCUGCCCUGUCCUCUCUCUCUGUGCCCUUUGCCCUGAGAGAGGGCUGAUGGUGGGACAGGGGCAGGCCAGGGCCCCCGGGCUGGCCGGAGAGGGGACGCCCUUCUCCUUGGCCACCAGGGCCAUCCUUGAAGAGACAUGUGUGCCCUCCCACCCACCAUGCACUGGUGGGCUCAGGGUCCCUGAUCUCACCUUGUGGCACUAACUUGGGAAUGGGUUGAUUUGAAAUAAAAGGGAAGACUUUAUUUUACAAGCAGCUGGGUCCUUCCUAUUUCUCCCCUCCUCAAUCUGGCCUCCUGGUUGGAGGGGAGCUCCCUUCCACUCAGAAGGUGGGGGCAGGGGGGGUCUCCCUUCCGCUGGGCCUCCAGGCUGCCCAGUGUUUCUGCUCCUGCCUGGGCUGUGCAGUGGUUCCAAAGGAAUUGCUACUGAAAAACAAACAAACAAACAAACAAACAUUUCCUCCUGAUUCUAAAAGCAGUACAUGUGUCCUGAACAGGAGAACAGUCACCCCUGGGAUGGAAGAGGCAACCUAGAAACAGAUCCCGGUAUGUGUAGAUAGGACAGAAGACAGAUUUCAAGUCAGGGUGGAAAGGACUGGAUGAUUUUACAUCAUUGCUAACACCGUGGGUAAGAUCUCCAUCUGGAAGAAGACACUCUGUAGACAAGAUGGGUGAAAGAUGUCAGGGUAGGCAAGGAGAUAGAAGUAUUUCAAGAGGAAGGAGAACCUUGUAUAUUGUAUACCAUGCUUAGAGGCAGUGAGCGUCCUAAAGCCAGAAAGGAAAAGGUCAUCUAGUGUGUAAAUAGUGGGAUGAAAAAU